AUGUUAGCGGCAGACUUUGCUGGAAGCUAUAGGACGACCAAGUCACGUCCUGGAGCUUCAAGCUUCAAGAAAGAGAUUGAGCCAAUUCGUCGGGAGAAGCCGAUCCUGCCUCGAGAUUGCCUCGAGGCUCCGCGAUCAAGUCAGGCAGAUUUGGACUCACAGCUAAGUGGGUACGGUCUCUUACUCCUCUCACUUCGUCCGGUGAUAUUGUGCAGUGCUCGCCGAGACCGGCAGGUUUACACGCUCGUCUCGCGCUACACUGUCCUUCAUCUAGCUCCUACGUGCUUCAGGUCUUUCUCUCCUCCCAAGGUCCGCUCUUUGACAGACCUAAACGCUUCUAAACAGGACACUCAUCCUAGAAGAAAAUUGGUAGCAGUUCCUGAGGAGAGUGUGCUCGCGGUAGAACAGUGUCCGGACGAUUUCGAGCAAAUUUCCUACGACGAGCUUCGAGUUUCCAUCCUCCUUGGAAGUUCUUCUGGGUUUCCCGAACCUUCCGACGAUCAGACCCCGGUAUACCAGUCGUUCCUGUCUCGAUCUCGUUCGUCACUUUCUCGUCUUCGCAAAUCAUCCAAGUUUUCGCCGAAGAGACAGCAAAAGGCUUCGAAACAGUCUAGCUACGACAAUCUAACGCAGUCCCAGCCUACCCCCACCAACAAACGGGCGCUUGUACUUGCUUUUCCUCGACCACCUGCUUCCGAACGCGAUUCAUCCCCAGAACCGUCUGGAUCAUCAGCUCACACGAGAUCCUGGGACGCGAACCCUCUAGGCACUGACAGUCAGGAAAUCGUUCGUUUUCGUCGCGUCGAUAAGACCACUCCUACUUCCCCACCUAUCUCAGUCGAAUCCUACAGCAGUUCGAACCCACUUGCAAAAGCUCUCAAACGCCUUCGAAGGUUUGCUAAGAGCAGAUCGUCUCUCCAUCUCCAUCAUCAGUCCCCACCGCAAGUACGCGAGGUUUUUCCUAGCACAUCUGAUAAAGGAGAACCGAACUGCCCGCCAGCAGGAACACCAUCCCUUGAUCGAUCUGUCGGGCUUCCAGAGCUUUCGUUCGAACAGGUCGAUUUCUCGUUCCUAGACGAGCGGGAUUCUUGGCGAUUCUCUGUAGCCUACCAAAGAGAUCGCGGAACACUAUCCGAGACUCCUCACCAGCCCUAUCUUCUCGAGAGUCCACCUCAGCUUCAACUAGUUCGCUACGAAGUUGUAGAUCCUCGUGACUUAACCGCAUCUCCGGUAUCAACAUUUAGCAAGUUUUCGCCGACAGCGACACCAUUACCUCCAGGAUCUCCCUCUUGGUUAUCUCGAAACGUAGCAGAGAUCCAAACACUUGAAGACAAUUCUCCUAUCUUGCGAAUUCCUCCGCCAUCUCCGCGGCCAUUGCCAAUCCUCCCUCGAUCUCUCCUUCCGGUUUCAUCUUCAGAGAAUAGAGUUUCUCAGAUCUAUCGCGACCUCGCAAUUGACGCACCGGAAAGUCCGCAUUCCACAGCUUCUUCGACUACUCUUUUUGCCGCUUCCAGACGUGAUUCAGCUCUAAGCCAAUCGUCAAGAAUCGAUCAACAGUCUCCCUCUGUUAAUCGAUUGUCAGUCGUCCACUAUCGCGAAUCGUUUAUUGAGAGUGGCAGCAACAGACAUUCCUGGGUCGCCUACGAGUCGAUUGCGUAUUCUUCUGAGAAAGGCACUCUCGUUACUGACGCUGCGGAGACCUCAACCGGUUCUCCUCUGAAUUUCUUUCUUCUAUCCUCUAACGCUGAAGAUCAGCCCUUACCUCCUCUAACUCUCCUCGAGUCUGGUAAUCCCAUCGCAUCUCUCCCCGAUCAGCCAGCUACAUCACUUGCUCUAUCGCAAACCUCCCGUCGUCCAUAUUCCAUUUUUGUUCCUUCCCAGCGGGAAUCGCAAGACUUCGGCUACGACCAUUUUCCCAUUCCGAGCUAUCUCGUCACCCUGGUCCAGAACGCUUUCCGCAGCUCCCAAUUGAUUCACAUGCCCGUCGACGCGUACGGCAAAGAGAUUGAAACGGUCGAUUGGGGCAAUGAGCCGGACUACUCAAACUACGAGUGGUUCAAGGAACCACCGCCACGUCCAGAGCCUGCACCAUCAGCCACGGAGAACUACGUACCCCAGCCUGGCGUUGUCGAGCAGAACAACAUGUUCACUUACGCGCUGAGCAGUGCGCCGAACGUGCUCUAUGCGCGUUACAAGCAGUAUGGCCAGCUCGGUGUGCUAGGAUGGUGCUCCGAAUUCAGCGAGAUGAUCGACGCACUGAAGACCCUCGGGUUUGAGGGGAACAUGUUCGUGGCAACGCGGACGCAGGCUCUGAAGACGUGCGAGGAGAUCCUCCGGCUGAAGCUCAAGAUUGACAUGCAAAUCAUCGUGAUGUACCUCUCUUCCCAGGUCGCGCGGCUCCGCAGAUUCCUGGACGGGGAGCGUCAGUGGGAUGAUUACCCGGAGUUGUCAUUCCCGAUCGACCCAAGGCAGUACACAUAG